AUGAAAAACCAAACAGCACUAACAACCUUCAUCUUGAUGGGACUGACAGAUGACCCUCAGCUGAAAAUUCUCCUUUUUAUUUUCCUAUUUCUUUCCUAUAUAUUGAGUGUAGCUGGAAACCUAACCAUCAUCACCCUUACUCUUGUUGACUCCCACCUUAAAACACCUAUGUAUCUUUUCCUCCAAAAUUUCUCCUUCUUAGAGAUUUCAUUCACAACUGCUUGUGUUCCCAGAUUCUUGUAUAGCAUAUCAUCUGGAGACAGGUCCAUUUCCUAUGAUGCUUGUGCCAGUCAGCUGUUGUUUACAGACCUCUUUGCAGUAACAGAAUUUUUUCUCCUGGCCAUAAUGUCCUAUGAUCGUUACUUGGCCAUCUGCAAACCGCUGCGUUACACGACCAUCAUGAACAGCAAAGAAUGCAAGAACUUUAUCCUUUUCUGUUGGAUAGCAGCACUGAUGAUCAUUCUCCCCCCAAUCAGUCUGGGUGUGGGUCUGGAAUUCUGUGACUCUAAUGUCAUUGAUCAUUUUUGCUGUGAUGCAUCUCCUAUCCUGAAGAUCUCUUGUUCAGACACAUGGCUGAUAGAACAGAUGGUUAUAGUAUGUGCUGUGCUGACUUUCAUCAUCACCCUCAUGUGUGUAACUCUUUCCUACAUUUAUAUUAUUAGGACAGUUCUGAGACUUCCCUCUGCUCAACAGAAGAAAAAGGCCUUUUCCACUUGUUCCUCCCACAUGAUUGUUGUUUCUAUUACUUAUAGUAGCUGCAUCUUCAUUUAUGUCAAACCUUCAGCCAAGGAAGAGGUGGCUAUUAAUAAAGGGAUUUCACUCCUUAUUACUUCUAUUUCACCAAUGUUGAAUCCCUUUAUUUACACACUGAGAAACAAGCAAGUGAAGCAAGCUACUAUUUACUUAAUAAAAAAACUUGCAUUCCUCUCAAAGGCUUAA